AGCUGCCAAAGCAGGCAGGAAAUAAUUCACUGAAGACAAAAGAUGCGGCUGACGCUGGCUGAGCGAAAGUAGUUCAAACCGAUACAGGCUUUUUUUUCUUUUCAUUUUGUAGCUGGAGAAACGAGUGGAAUAGAUUAUAAUAAUAAUUUUUUUUUUAAAAAAAACAUUAAUUAUUGUUUUUUCCAGCUUGACAAAUAAGCCUGUACAUUAUAGCUAAAGACACAACAAGAUGACGACGACAUAGAAAACCCGGCUUAUUUCCACCAGCAACGCCGUUUUUUUUCCUCCAUUUCUGGUCAGCUUUGCCGGUGGCCUGCCGUAACCAUGAGGGCGCCCAAUUCCCAAAACUGUUUGGGUCCCAAUGUUUAUCCGGAGGUGCCUGAUGGCGGCUGGGGCUGGGCUGUGGCUGUGGCCUUCUUCGUGGUGGAGAUCUGCACCUAUGGGACCCUCAAGAGCCUGGGCGUCUUCCUCCAGGACCUGAUGGAGGAGUUCGGGGAGAGCAACAGCCGAGUGUCGUGGGUCAUCUCCAUUUGCGUCUUCGUCUUUACCUUCACCGCCCCCCUGUCCACGAUGCUGAGCAACCGCUUCGGCUAUCGUCCAGUGGUGAUGACGGGAGGCUUCCUCAUCAGUCUGGGAACCAUCACCUCUGCCUUCACCAAUUCCAUCAAUGAGAUGUACAUCACCAUCGGAAUUGUCUCAGGCUUCGGCUACUGCCUCACCUUCCUCCCCACUGUCACCAUCUUAGCCCAGUACUUCUCCAAGCGGCGCGCCCUUGUCACCUCCGUUGCUUCCUCCGGAGAAUCCUUCGCCAUAUUCGCAUUCGCUCCAGCCUUCACUGCACUGAAAGGACACAUUGGCUGGCGUUACUGUCUGGUCAUCCUCGGCAUCUUCCAGGCCUCUGUGAUUGGCUGCGGGCUCAUCCUUCGUCCAAUCAUCAUCAAGCCCGAAGCUGUAAAGGAGGACAAUGCAUCGGACAAAGACUCUGUCUCUCUGAAGCAGCUGCAGACUGUUUAUGAGCUAGAGAAUGAACAAACCAGAACCUCCAUCAGUUCAGGAGUCUCCCGAGGUUCUGAGGACUCGGGCGUCACCUCCCUCUCUGCCUCAAACGUAGACCUGAGGACUGUCGGGGCAGAAGCCAAGGCCCUGAUGGAGCUGGAGGACAAAGAGGGCCAGGAGCCAUCGCUGUCCACAUCUUCCAGCCCAGUCAAAGAGAAGGAUGAGGUGGAACCAGCAGAAGCAGAGGCAGGUCCUCUCAAACCCUCCAGCCCCAAACUCCUAGACUUCUCUGUUCUUAAAGACUGUGCCUUCAUCUGGUACUCCCUCUUUGGCCUGUUUGCCACACUGGGCUUCUUCGCCCCGCAGCUCUACAUCAUCGAACUGAGCAAGAGCCGGGGCGUGGAGCCCAGCAUGGCCUCCUACAUGCUCUCAGUGAUGGCCGUGGCUGAGGUCUUCGGCCGCUUGUCCAUCGGGGUGGUGUUGAACAAAGUCCGCUGCAGGAAGACCCUGGUGUUGCUGGGAUGUGUAGUUUUACUGUGCCUGGUUCUGGUGGCCUUCACUAUCGUGUGGGAGUUCUGGGGCCUGGUGGUCUGCUGCGCCCUCUACGGCUACUUCAUGGGCACGGUGGGCUCCACGCACAUCCCCAUGCUGGCUGAGGAGGACGUGGUGGGCAUCCAGAAGAUGGCGUCAUCGGUAGGAGUUUACGUCUUCAUCCAGAGCUUCGCUGGGCUGGCUGGACCCCCUCUGGGAGGAGUGCUGGUGGAUGUCACUCAGAACUACGGUGCUGCCUUCUACUCCUGCGCAGUGGGCAUGGGGCUCAGUGCCAUCUGCCUGGCUCUGGUUGGCCCGGCCAAGUCCGGCAUGUGCCAGAGAGGGUUCAGAAACAAAGAAAAAGGCCAGCACACAGAGGAAGAGGAGAAAAAGUUUCAGGACAGCGACCAGACAGACUUUUUGGAGGUGGACCUGGCCCCGGAGGACAGUCCCACAAGACAGGCUGUGGACAAGGGCAACGCGUCUGUAAUAUGAACCCAACCAUGGCGUGACAUCACCUCAUAACCAAGGACAAGAACGUCAAAUGCAUAGGUCCAGAGGUACCUGCAGACAGGUACAGAG